ACAUGUCACACACCGCCCCUCACACCCACGCGCAGCCCGCUCCCAGGCGCCCCCUGCCAGGCGCGCCCCGCCGGACAGGGAAGGAGGCGGUGGCAGCGGCUCCUCCCCCGGGGCCCUGUCCUGCAGCCGCCUCCGACGAGCCGGAGCUCGCUUGGCUGCUCUCCGCGCCAGGCUUCUGCAUGGCGGCUGCCGCUGCCGCCGCCGCCGCCUUCCGCUUGGCCCGGAGCUUGCGGCUGCGCCCGGUCUGUGGGGCAAGUAGGACAGUGCAUGCUGUCUGUUUUCCUGUAAUUCAGCUGCACACGACUGGAGCUGUCAUGCGAGUCAGUCAGGAAGAUUUUGAAAAGGCUAAAGAUCAGCUGAAGCUUUUGAAGGAGGACCCUGGUAAUGAAGUAAAGUUGAAGCUCUACGCAUUGUUUAAACAGGCUACCGAGGGUCCCUGCAGUUCUCCGACGCCUGGCAUGCUUGACUUUGUCAAGAAGGCAAAAUGGGAUGCAUGGAGUUCACUUGGCAGUUUGUCUAAGGACAAUGCCAGACAGAAAUAUGUUGACCUUGUGUCAGGUUUGGUCUCUUCUGAGUCUUCUAGUCAGGUGAAAGAUACCACUCCGGACAGCAAACAUGGAUACGAAACCCUACAGGUUACCACCACAGACAACAUCACUAAGAUAAUGCUAAACCGCCCUGAGAAGAAAAAUGCUAUCACCACACAGAUGUACAGAGAAAUUAUUCAAGCACUUGAAGAAGCUGCCAAGGAUGAUUCAGUCAUAACUGUAAUAACAGGAAAUGGGGAUUAUUACUGUAGUGGAAAUGACCUGAAUAACUUUACCAAUAUCCCACCCGGUGGAAUAGAGAAGAUGGCAAAAGAUGCUGCAGUAUUACUCGAGAACUUUGUCAACCAUUUUAUUGAUUUCCCUAAGCCAUUGAUUGCAGUGGUGAAUGGUCCAGCUGUUGGAAUCUCUGUAACUCUUCUUGGGCUCUUUGACAUUGUGUAUGCUACUGACAGAGCCACAUUUCACACCCCAUUUAGUGAACUCGGCCAGAGUCCAGAAGGAUGUUCUUCUUACAUGUUUCCAAAGAUAAUGGGCUUAUCCAAGGCAAACGAGAUGCUUCUUUUCAACAAGAAGUUGACUGCAGGGGAAGUGUGUGCCCAAGGACUUGUGACUGAGGUUUUUCCUGACAGGGCUUUUCAAAAGGAAGUUUGGAUGAGACUUAAAGCUUAUGCAAAUCUCCCCAAAAACUCCUUGGCUCUGUCAAAGCAGCUAAUACGAGGUGUGGAAAAGGAGAAGCUGCAUGCAGUUAACUGUCAGGAGUGUGAACUCCUCACGGAAAGGUGGUUAUCUGACGAAUGCAGGAAUGCUAUUAUGAGCUUCUUUGGGAAGAAAUCAAAACUCUAAUUUUUAUUGUUGGUGAAGAUCAAGCUCCUGAAGCUCAUCUGUUUAUCCUCACUGAAAUAAUUUUAAUAAAUGAAUACACUUUUGGGGGGGGGUAAAUUCUAGUUGUGCCUUUUUAUUGAUGUUGAUUAUUACUGUAUUAAUUAUUGUAUAGAAACAAUUUCAUAAACAUUUUAGUAACUUGUAAGUUUUAUCUUUCUGUGGCCUGACAUUUUAUAUUCAGACAUGAAUUUGUGAUGCCAAGCACAUUGGAUCCUUCGGCCUGGGUUGUUGGCUGGGAAAGCAUUCAUUGCUUUACAUGCUGAAAUGAUGUCUUUGAAUAUAACUACAGCUGUUUGUCUUCCAGAAGGAGUCACGGAUUCAAUAGCACCAAAUCUUGAUAGUUCUUGGAUAACUGAGUGAUAGUCACAUGAUGCUAACAUGUUUCUUUUUAUCCAUCUAAUAUAGGAAAGGAAAUAUUGUAUAAGUAUAAAAUAAAUAUUAAUAUUUGUUCCUAACUCUUGCAGCUCAUUAUUACUUUGGUAAAGUGACAUGAAGGGAAAAGGCCCUAUUACUUUAAAUAAUUCCCUGAGGCUUUGUUGAUGUUAUCUUGUUUCUUGGCCUUCCAAGUGAAUACUGCUCUUUAAAAAGUGUUCACCUGGCAGGCAGGCAUACAGAUCUUCUCGUUUUAUAUUUAUUUCCAGUGUCAGAAAUAACCUCUUGCCCAAGGCUGGAGCACUAAAAAGCUUGAAAGUGCAGAAGAUUUUUUAAAAUGCUGUAAAGACUCAAAUCUAAUAUUUUCAAAAGAGAAUAGAAAAAGUGGUUGCAUAUCUGCAUAUUAUCAGAGCAGCACAUCCUGCAUUGCAAGCUGCUGCUCUGGCAGAUCUCAGCAUGUGACUACGGGCAAUGUUUCCAUGCCUAUAUGUGACCAAUAUGGCCACUGUUCAGUCCACACUUUAGAAGAAACCAUUAUAUAAUCAACCACAUGCUUCAUUCUGACUGUCCAGGCUAGGACAAUCUCCCUAGCCAUUUGCUUAUCAGUAGCUGCUAGUAAUGCUGUGUGAGAAUUAACUUUGUCAACUGCAGGUCCAGAACAGCUCAUUCAGCUUGAAUGUGUUCAGGAAAGAUAUAAUUAUAAAAAUGUCUGAUGGCAUUUUGAGGAUGUCUUAAUUCCUUCCACUCAAGACUUGUAUCUUAAAAGGGCACAUUUCAGAGAGGGUGAAAUGCGCUUAAUUUAGGCCCAAAAUAUAGUUGUUCUUUAAAGGGAAUUACAAACCCUAACUACAGCAGAAAAUGUUGUCAUGGACUUAAGAAAUGUGGCUGGGAUUUUGUCCAUUAACUUCUUUUAAGUCAAUGGGGCCAUAUACAACAGCAUUGAGCCGUCUCGUGAGAUUCAAAGAAACUGCUGUGUAGUUUUAGCACAUCAGAUGAACAAAGUGCAAAAAGUAAAUGGCAAUAAGGUGGAAAGUCAAUUGUUUUAAUAAUCAAAGGUUUCAGCAAUAUAGGUAGAUUGAAAAAAAAUUCUUGUUGUGUCUGUUCUAGAAAACACCAACAAGCCUUAAAUUAUAUGAUUGUGACAUGCCAACAAAAUGUAGGCUGACAUACCUGCUCUAAAUUCUUGUGCCUUUCCCCCUCUCUACUUGAUAAAAGCACCGGAGACUGGCGCACUGGCCUUAACUUAAUUUCCAGCCUCUUGUUAGUUUAUCAGAACCGUAACACUAUAAAUACACUGAGCCAAAUUCAUCCCUGAUGUAUCUCCACUGAAGGCAGUGGAGUUACAACGGGGAUGAAUUAGUGGUACUGAAAUAUGUGGAAAGGAACAGGGAGAAGGGAGUGAACUAGAGAGGUCCUGCUAAUUUAUCAUAAAUUGCACUUAAAAAAAAAAAACAC